CGCGAGCGGCACAAACCUCGUGAAACGUUUUAUGACAGUAAUAGCGUGAAAGUACAAUAAUAAAUUGUUAUCAAAUAUGACUCUCACAGAAAUGGAACCACGUAAAAUAUAUUUAGAUGCUCUGGAAAUGGCAGGAAAAGUAGUCGAUGCUCAUAUUACCUCAGACAGCAAUUUUCCUUCUUUAAUUAAUCUUAUGCGAUAUAAUGUACAAGGUGGACCAACUGUUAGCGGUCUCGACGAUCAUGAUUACCCUAAUUUAAAUGGAAUGUCGAUGUGUUUCUCGAAUAUAAAUCAGAUGAAGCUGCACAGUAAAAUUUCUUUACCUUCGGAAGUAAUGGAACACUUUAACCAUAUGCAAUGCCAUUGUAUGAUGGGUCUUUUUACUGAAAUUUCGAAAGCAUGGCUUACUAUCGACAGCGAUAUAUAUGUGUGGUCAUACGAAAACGAAACAGAUGUUGCAUACUUUGACGGAUUAAACGAAACUAUCAUAAGCGUAGGUUUAGUGAAACCCAAAUCUGGGGUAUUUCAAAGUUACGUGAAAUAUUUACUGAUCCUCACAACCACAGUUGAAAUAACUAUUCUUGGAGUAACAUUAACAGAAAAUUGCGAAGGGACAUCGUCGGAAAUGCAACUAGUACCCGAACCAAUUUUCACAGUCACCACAGAUGGUAUCGGCAUUACAACAAUAGCGAAUACUAGUAGCGGUAGGAUUUUCCUUGGCGGUAGAAAUGGUUCGCUUUACGAAAUAUAUUAUCAGGCGGAAAGCAGUUGGUUUGGAAAGCGAUGUAAAAAGAUAAACCAUUCGGAAGGUCCGUUAUCAUUUCUAGUACCAUCGUUUGUCACUAUAGCUUUAUCAGAAGAAGAAGCAAUAAUACAAAUUUCAGUGGAUGAUUCGCGUAAUAUUUUAUAUACCCUCGGUGAUAAGGGAACAGUUACAGUUUGGGACAUUGAUAACGAUGGUGCAUCUAAAAUCGCAUCUUUAUCGCAAGCUUGUUUAGUACAAAAUGCCGUGCAUGUUGUUAAAACUCUCGAUAGCAAUAACUUCCGACCAUUGGUGAGCAUAUCAGCUAUUACCGAGUCCGAAUCCGUACAUUUAAACUUGGUUGUAGUUGCAGCUACCGGAACACGUUUUUACUUCAGUUGUACUUCGGUUGCUAAUCCAACAACUAGACCUCAAGGUCUUCAAUUAAUACACGUUAGAUUACCACCAGGAUACGCUGCCAACGCUACUGUAAUGAGACCAAGAAAAGUACAAAUGGCCCAUUACAGAAAAGGAACGUUAAUCCUUGUUUGCGGUGGAGAUACAGAAACUGCUUUAUGUUUAAGUAACGAUGCUUAUCCAUUUACGAACUAUUUAGCCGAAACUCAGAGUCCUUUGUCCCUUGAUAGUUCGGUAUGGGCUAUGUCAGAAAUUCUUGUAGAACCAGCUAUACGUAUCGAAAAACAAAGCAGCUCCCAAGGAGAGCCUCCUCUCCUUGUAAGACAGCAUAUGGAAGCUCCUCGAAAAUUUAUAUUUCUAACGUCUCAGGGCGCCAUCGUUUUUGUACAAGUUCGUCCAAUGGACAUUCUGAAACAACUUCUUUUGGAACAACGUGGACCCGAUACGGAAGCGGUUCGCGCAUACUUUCAAUCGCAGUCCCUAGAACAAGCGUGCGCAACUUGUCUGAUUUUAGCCACACUUGAAAGUUCGCAAAAUGCUGAGUUGGCGGAAUGGGCAACAAGAGCAUUUUUUUUGUAUGGUAGUCAACAAAUGGCGGGUAUUGGUCCUGGAAUAGAUAAUAUGCAUAAUACCUUUGGUAAUAUAAAUGCAGAUAUACGUACAUCGACACCAAGAGUUCCAAAUUACGAUUUGAGAUUCCAAGGUUUUCGGUCACGCACUUCCGUAGGACUCAAUACAGACAUCCCCCUACAACAGUUCUCAGCGAAGCACAAUGGCUUGUAUUUAUAUGUAGGAAGAAUACUUCGACCCAUUUGGAAUAUGCGGUGCAUUAAACAAGAAGUAAAUAAUAAACCUCAGAUCUCCAGUACUAUUUCAGCCGAGCAAGUUACUUGGAUUUUAGGACUCUUGCAAGCAUUAAAAUCGUUUCUCAAAAGGAAUACUCAUAUUACUAAGCAACCUAAUACAACCAGAAAUAUAACUGACGGGUUUGAUACAACCGUAACUAGUCAUUUUCAAGAACCAAUAGUCGAAGAAAGAAAUUCCUUAGCCGCUUUAAAAAUUUUUAUUACUCACGCUUGUGAAGUUUUAGAACUUUGGAAAAUUUUAUGUGAAAAUCAUUUAAACAACAUCAUAAAUUGUCUGUCGAAGGAUCAAAUCAAUCAAUUUUUUACAGCAACAUUUAGAGAUUUAAUUUUAAUUGGUCAUGAAAUCUCCUCGUUGCUAAUCAUUCAUCUUAUAGAUAGUUAUCUCGGUGAUAAUGCAUCGGUUGAUGUUGUUAGUCAAAAAUUGAGAGAGGUUUGCCCGAAUUUAUAUAGAGACGAGGAUGCUGUUUGUUCUAAGGCUAACGAAAUAAUUUUGAAAGCAAAAAGUUGUACGAACCCAGAAGAGAAGGAAUGCUACUUACAAUCUGCUUUAAAGCUUUGCAAAAAAGUUGCUCCCAGAUUGAAUUUAAGCGCGGUAUGUCAACAAUUCGUGGCAUGCCAAUUUUAUUCGGGCGUACUCGAGUUGUGCCUUACCUGUGCCGAAAGAGUUGAUCCUAAUAACGCCGCAUUGCAUUAUUACAAUAAUAACGAACCCAUCGAAGAUCAAGAGGGUCAAUUUGCUUACAGGAAAAGAUCGGAGAUUUAUAAAGAAUUCAUCACGCUACUGGAACAUCUCUAUAAUCAAAGCAUUUCUAGCCCGUUGACGCCGACUAUACCUAGUAAACCUGGACCACCGCUUCAAAACGCUUCAACUAUGAGCGUCACCCCAACGAAAGAAAUAUUGCAUGACAUCAUAAAUGAUGCAUUGCAUUCCCCGUGUGAGACUCUUCAUGCUUCGGUGUAUGCUUGGAUGAUAGAACGGAGGCUUCACGGAGAACUUGUUGCUCUAGCGGCACCGUCUUUGGAAGCUUAUCUUACACGCGUCAAUGCGCCAGAUUUGCUUUGGCAGUUUUACGAAAGAAACAAGAAUCACGCAGCCGCUGCUAAAAUUUUGGAUUCCUUGGCGACCAAAGAAUCAAGUAUACCGUUAUCGCAGAGGGUUGAAUAUUUAGCUAGAGCUGUGGUUUGUAUGCGAAGCGAUCAGGCUGGAUAUGCUCCGUACCUUGGAAUUUUCUUACGCGAAUUAGAAGACAAAGUAGAAGUAGCUAGAAUACAACAACAAAUAUUGGAUACGGUUUGCAAUCAACAUUUAAGCGAUCGACUCAGCGAAGAGACAUUUAGAGCAUUAAAUAACUCUUUGCUUGAUAUUACAAAGUUGUACGAAAAAUAUGCGGACCCUCUACAAUUAUGGGAAUGCAAGUUAGCUAUAAUUCACUGUUCCGGUCACCAGGACGCUAUGUUGAUUCAAGAAAUUUGGACUAAUAUUAUCAAUAAUGAAUUAAAAGAUGCGUCUACUGCGGAAGAUAGAAUGGCUAUCUUGAUGAGCAAAAUUAUAUCUCUUGGCCAGGAGUAUGCGGGAUCACCGCAUUGUUUCCCAGUUGACUUUCUGAUAAAGCAAUUAGAAAUAAAGGCGUGUAAAUUAAACGUAUCAAAUGAUAGGAUUAUAUCCGGAUUUUUACAAUUAGGAGUUUCAAUGGAAGACCUUUUAGAUAUUUAUAAAAUGAUUGGAAAAGACACUCGAACAUGGUUAAACGAAGGAAACGAAUUUCAUUUAAUAGAAUCAACGGCAAAUUUGGUUAAUUAUUUCAUAUCGCAUUCAAAUGUCACCAACAACUUUAUCAGACGUAAAAUAAUUACCAAGAGUCAAGAUGUAAUCUCAAAGUGUUUAACUACGCUAUACAACAAACCCCAUGGACAAAUAUUAAUAACAAAACUCAGGUCGAUUCAGAGUGUCCUAAAUCGUAUGUAAAAAAAAAGUUUCAGCUGUUCGUACAACGGAAUAACGUAUUAUAAAAUUGUACAAAUCAUUGGUGAUUGAAAGACGACGAACCAAGUCAUUCCGUGAAGAAAUCUUGUCAAGAGGUAAUAAGAAAUGUAAAUAGCGAAACCGUAUUUGUUCAAAUAUUUUUUACAAACAUUAUACAAUAUUAGUUUUUUUUCUCUUAAUAAAAAUAAAGUGCAUCGAAAUUGUAA